CUUUUACAGGAUUACAACUGUUGGCCUUGCCGUUCGUUGUCGGCCCUGUUUGGCACAAAGAUAGCAAGAUACUAGCCCCAUCAGAGCCACAACAUCUCCUAUGGCUCCCAGAUUAAUCUAUAUAACAAACGUAUUAUAGGUUAAAAUAUUACUUACACUGGGUCGCUAUGCUUCAAACGACCGCUGGCCCCUUGUCCGCCGCCCCCUGCGCGCGUCGCAUUAUCGCAAGCCAGCUGCCGACCCUUGCAGUUGUCAUCCACAAAACGAGCUCGCCGCAUAUCGCUGCAUUUCCUGUCAAUAGCCCGGCAGGUUUUUCCAGCGCAACCAACCUUUACCAUUACCCGCCAACACCACCAAAAUCGCGACAGAACGUCCACGACAACUGCCAAGCAGGCCCUUUGCCUUUCGCUCAAGGCUACCCCCAUUCUCCAUCUAAAUCCAAUUCCAGUAGUUCUUCUAGCAAACCCUUCCCCCUAGGCAGCCGGCGAGGCGUCAGCGGCGCGGCCACAGCUGCAUCCACUCCCGCCAUGCCCUUCUCCCAAACUCACCACAGCUCUGCAGCUGCAGCCACAGCUGCUGCCACGGAUGAUGGAGCUUCGCCCCCUGACUCCACCUCCGGAACCACUACAACCAUAACAACAACAACCAGCAAUACAGCCCCAAUUGUGGAGGCAGCAGCCCCGUUACCGCCGCCGCAGACUGGCGGCGCCCCUGUCACCGCUGUCCAGCUGGAUGCCAAGGCGGCUGCGAGGGCAGCUGCGGAGGCGGCCUACGCCGCCUCAGGCAGCGUAUUGCGGACUAAAAGGCCUCCUGGCAUGGUGAAACGCAGUAUCGCCCUGCAUGUGGGGUAUGUGGGCACCGCCUUUAAGGGCCUCCAGGUCAACCGCUCCGGAGCACCUGACAGCACGGUGGAGGAGGUUUUGGAGCGAGCCGUGUUCGAGGCGGGACUGAUCGCCGAGUCAAAUUUUGGCGACCUGAAGAAGGUCAAAUGGAGCCGUAACAGCCGUACAGACAAGGGCGUACAUUCGGUUUCUACGGUGGUGGGUUUGAGGGUGCUGCUACGGGGUGAUGAAGGAUUCGAUUUGGAUCCCGAGGGCUUGGAGGUCGCGGCCGACCUUAACACACGCCUGCCGCCGCAGGUCAGGGUGUUCAGUGCCCAGAGAGUGCAGAAGAAGUUCAACGCACGACGAGCGGCACGGGAAGCGGACGCUGCUGCUGCUGCCGCCGCCGUCGCAACUGCCGAUGCUNGUACGGACGAGGAUGAGGAGGGAAUGGCGACGGCGGCGGCAGCAGCAGCAGCAGAUGUAUUCGAUGUCCAUGAUGACGGUGGCGAGGACGAAGAUGGGGAUGUCACGGCGCAGCAGCCGCGGGGGCAGCGUCAACGAAGGUCUGCUGCAAACGAGGAGGACGCGCCGCUAGAGGAUGAUGAUGAAGAUGGAGCAACGGAGGGCGCCGAGUCCUCAGAUGAUGACGGCCCCGGCAGGUGGGUACAAUCCUGUCGAUGGUUGUACGAGAAAUCGGAGGACAAGCGGGAUCGCGUCACCGUACGGCACUUCCGUACCAUUACGAGCUUCACGGCAGACGACCCGGCGCCGCUUGUGCCUGGCGGUGUACCCUGUGUACGACUGCGGGUUCGCGGCAUGAGCUUCAUGUUGCACCAGAUCCGUCACAUGAUUGGCGGCGCCCUGGCAGUGGCCCGUGGGUCACUUCCUCUGCCGCUGCUGAGGGCUUCUCUUGCGGGUCAGGCCCGUGUCACAGUGCCCCGGGCGCCCCCGCACACGCUCAUUCUGGCGGGUUGCACCUUCCCGCCGUUCAGGAAGGCACGUGGGGGCCAGGGAGAGGGGGGCAGGGAGAGGAACGCCGUUGGGAAGGCGGGUGCUGACGAGGCACGUGUGUUUCGCUGGUCGGGGGAGCGGCUGCAGCUGCGAUCCGGCGGACAACACAACCUGGCGGAGUUUAGGCGACAGUCUCUGGAUCCGCAACUCAACGAUCUGUUGCGACAUCCGGACUGGGAGCGAUUCGAGAGGUGCUUACCAAGGUUCUAUUGGGAUCCACAGGUCGGGGCCCCCCUGGGCGCUUCGCGCUGGGGCCCCGCCCAAAAACGCCGCGACUUAGGGGUGCUUUUGUUUGUGUUUGUGGGUGUUCGUGUGUCGCACGCGUAUGUGUUUGUUGUAUGA